AUGCUGGCAGGUGGCGGCCGACCCGAUCAUUUCACUUUCCCUCUUGUCGCCCGAGCUGUUUCUGCCCUCCCUGGCCGCUCCGGCCUCACAAAGGAAAUCCACUCUCUUGGCAUCCGUCUGGGUUUCAGCGGUGAUGGAUAUUUCCGCAACUCCUUGAUUGGUUUGUAUGGUAGAUGUAAGGAUAUUGUAUAUGCUCGCAACAUGUUUGAUGAAAUGCGUGAUAGAGAUGUGGUCUCUUGGACCACUAUGAUCUCUGGUUAUAUUCAGAGUGGAGACAUCUUAGAAUCCUUUAGACUGUUCCACGAGAUGAGAACUUCUGGGAUUGAGCCCAAUUCUGUGACAUUGGCAGUCGUUAUUCGAGCAUUUAAAGUUGAAAAAAUUGUAGAUGGUGGGAGGCAACUUCAUGGUUUUGCAAUCAAGAGAGGGUUUGGGAGCCAAGAGUUGGUCCAAAAUUCUAUUUUGACGGCAUAUAGCAAGAUGGAUUGUUUCGAGGAGGCAGAGAAGCUCUUUCAUUUUAUGGAGGAAAGGAGUUUUGUUUCAUGGAAUAUUCUCAUGUUGGCAUAUUUUUCAGCUGGGGAUUUCUUCAAAGUAGUUGAAUUCUUUCAGAGAAUGAUGGCUGAAUUGUAUCCUAGUCCGGAGACACUGACUCUCGUCAUCUCGGCAUUGAGCAAGUGCAGAAAACAUCGGAUGGGCCAGCAGAUUCAUUGCUAUGCAGUAAAGCGUGGACAGAUUGACAUGGUUCUUCAAGCUUCUUUCAUGGACUUCUAUGCCCAGUGUGCAGAUUUCGCAUCUUCUUUUUCAUUGCUUGAAGAAGUUGGCAAACUCAAUUGCAGCACCCCAUGGAUAGUUAUGAUGUGGGCAUUGGUACAAAGUGGGCAAUUCAUACAGGUUAUCAGCUUAUUUCAGAAAAUGCAAAAUUUGGGGUUUGAGCCAAAUGCUGAAGCUAUGAGGUGCUUGGUUACUGCAUAUACUCACUUGGGUGCCCUGCUGCUAGGAAAAGUAAUCCAUGGGUACCUGGUAAGACAUCAGUUAAGUGCUGAAUCAGAAGCAGAAAGGCUUGAAACAUCUAUUCUUAACAUGUAUGCUAAAUGUGGUAAUAUCACUUGUGCGCGGAGGUGUUUCGAUAAUAUGGUAUACAGAGAUAUCGUGACUUGGAGCUCGAUGAUGGAAAGCUAUGCCAUCCAUGGAAUGGGAUUAGAAGCUAUAAAGCUGUUCCACCAAAUGCAGGAAGCUGGAGUCAGCCCAAACAGCAUUACAUUCCUUAGUUUGUUAUCCUCUUGCAGUCACUCUGGUCUUCUAUAUGAAGGUUGUCAGGUUUUCACUUCUAUGACUGAAAAUUUUGGAAUAAAGGCAGAUCUAAGCCAUUACACUUGCAUGGUAGACCUUCUUGCUCGAGCCGGAAAGCUUACUGAAGCCUUAAAUUUGAUUCAUUCCAUGGAUGUGAAGCCUGAUUGGCGGAUUUGGGGAGCUCUUCUUGCUUCAUGUAGAGUACAUGGAAAUAUUAAAAUUGGAGAAUGUGUUGCUCAAAGAAUGUUCGAAUUGGAACCAGAUAAUGUGGGUUACCAUAUUAUUUUGAGUAACAUGCAAGCUGGUGGAGACCAAUGGGCUAAAGCUGAAGGAAUUUGGAAGAACAUUAAGGAAAUAGAGUUCAAGGGUAGACCUGGUUGGAGUUGCAUAGAAGAGAAGGGGGGAUUUUCCUUUUUUGUUGCUGCAGAUUACUCGCAUCAACGAGCAGAAGAUAUCUAUGAGACAUUGAAAUAUCUGGGUAGAAAUGUUCAAGAGAUCAAAUGCUUGUGA